AUAUUUCAUAACUUUUCUAAUAAUCUGGGUGUGAUCUCACUGUUUGUAAAACUUAGCACUUCCCAACCUGCAAGCUCACCUUCCAGCACUGAGCCCAUCCCAGACUCACCAUAUAUAAAGGACUGCUGGGAGGGCCUUCUCUACUUCCUCCUGCUCUAAGCUCUAUACUCCCACUUCUCACCUUCUCAUCUGUUGAGAACCAUGUCUAGCAAAUCCACCAUCAGCCGCCGUGGCUUCAGUGCCAGCUCAGCCAGAGUCCCUGGGGCUUGCCGCUCAGGCUUCAGCAGUGUCUCCGUGUCUCGCUCCAGGGGAAGCGAUGGCUUCGGUGGGGCCUGUGGAGGAGCUGGCUUUGGCAGCAGGAGCCUCUAUGGCAUGGGGGGCUCCAUGAGGAUCUCCAGUGGAGGUGGCAGCUGUACCAUGAGGAGUGGAUAUGGCAGCAGAGUCGGAGGUGGCUUUGGCUUUGGAGGAGGCUCCCGGAGUGGAUUUGGUUUUGGCGGUGGAGCUGGUAGUGGCUUUGGGCUUGGUGGUGGAGCUGGCUUUGGUGGUGGCUAUGGGGGCUCUGGCUUCCCCGUCUGCCCCCCUGGAGGCAUCCAAGAGGUCACUGUCAACCAGAAUCUCCUCACUCCUCUGAACCUGCAAAUCGACCCCACCAUCCAGCGGGUGAAGACUGAGGAGCGGGAGCAGAUCAAGACCCUCAACAACAAGUUUGCUUCCUUCAUCGACAAGGUGCGGUUCCUGGAGCAGCAGAACAGAGUCCUGGACACCAAGUGGGCCCUGCUUCAGGAGCAGGGCACCAAGACCGUCAGGCAGAACCUAGAGCCCAUGUUCGAGCAGUACAUCAGCAACCUCCGGAGGCAGCUGGACACCAUCCUUGGGGAGAGAGGCCGCCUGGACUCUGAGCUCAGAAGCAUGCAGGACACAGUUGAGGACUUCAAGAACAAAUAUGAAGACGAAAUCAACAAGCGCACAACAGCAGAGAAUGAGUUCGUGACACUGAAGAAGGAUGUGGAUGCUGCUUACAUGAAUAAAGUUGAACUGCAAGCCAAGGCAGACAGCCUUACAGAUGAAAUCAACUUCCUGAAAGUCCUCUUUGAUGCAGAACUGUCUCAGAUGCAAACCCACAUCUCAGACACAUCUGUGGUCCUGUCCAUGGACAACAACCGCAGUCUGGACCUGGACAGCAUCAUUGCUGAAGUCAAGGCCCAGUAUGAGGAUAUUGCCCAGAGGAGCCGGGCUGAGGCUGAGUCCUGGUACCAGACCAAGUAUGAGGAGUUGCAGAUCUCAGCUGGCAGACAUGGAGAUGACCUGCGCAACACCAAGCAAGAGAUUUCUGAGAUCAACCGCAUGAUCCAGAGGCUGAGAUCCGAGAUCGACCACGUCAAGAAGCAGUGUGCCAACCUUCAGGCCGCCAUUGCUGAUGCUGAACAACGUGGGGAGAUGGCCCUCAAGGAUGCCAAGAACAAGCUGGCUGAGCUGGAAGAUGCCCUGCAGAAGGCCAAGCAGGACAUGGCUCGGCUGCUGAGGGAAUACCAGGAACUGAUGAACACCAAGCUGGCCCUGGACGUGGAGAUCGCCACCUACAGGAAACUUCUGGAAGGCGAGGAGUGCAGGCUGACCGGGGAAGGCGUUGGCCAAGUCAGCAUCUCUGUGGUGCAGUCCAACGUCUCCAGUGGCUACGGAAGCGCCAGUGGUGUCGGUGUCGGCGGUGGCUUAUGCCUAGGUGGAGGCAGUGGAUACUCCUAUGGCGGUGGCUUCAGUUCCGGCAGUGGCAGAGGCAUUGGAGGUGGCUUCGGUUCCUCUGGUGGCAGCAGUUCCACCAUCAAAUACACUACCUCCUCAUCCUCCAGCAGGAAGAGCUACAAGCACUGA